UAGAAGGUUACGUAGGCCUCAAAACCAGUCUAGAUGCUAUGGAGAGGAAAACAAUUCCUUUCCCUUGCCAGGAAUCACAUACUGGCCUGGUGCUAUCUCAGUUCUUCCGUGGUGUGGUGAGGGACAACAUGACUAUAAAGGAUAUGGAACGGAGUGGCUGUGACAUCUGAGAUGCUACCUUAGUAUUUGACUAGAGGGACUGAGGAAAAAGAUGAAACACCCCAGUCAAGAUAACCAGCCUCUGAGCUGAGAUUUGAACCUUAGGAGUCCCAAAUACACAGCUCACUGAAUUGCAGUGUUCAAUAUGACCUACUGGAGGAGCUUAGGAAUGGUAAUGAGGGUUUCCAAAUACAAGAUACUAGAGAUAAACGCCAGACUGUAUAUAAAUUACUAUCUUCGUUAUUUAUGAUACAGUUCUGCUAAUCUUGAGCAAAUAAAAAGCUCCAUUAAGCAAAUAAAACACAUGCUUAUCAGGUAGAUGAUUAGAUUGCAUGCCUUGGCAUCAUUUGGUAUACUGUCUGUUACUUGUAGCUCUCUCAAGAUGAGUCCCAACCUGGCAUGUGUUCUAUUGCUGGUAUAUCUUUUUGCUUCAGGAGGAAGCACUCCUGAAGCCAGUGCUGAAGGAAAUGCACCUGAAACCAGUGUAGAAGGAAGCAAGCCUCAAGCCAAAGCAAAAGGAAGCAUCCCUGAAGUAAACGUGGAAAAGAACAUACCUGAAGUCAUUGCAGAAGAAAGUUCCCCUGAAGUCAGUGUAGAAGAAAGCACAUGCGAACUCACAGUAGAAGAGUGCACACCUGAUGUUAAUGUGAAAGGAAGCAGACAUGAAGUUAGCACAGAACGUACACCUGAAGAAAAUGCACGCAACAAAUAUAAAGUGAAUACAGAAGAAAGCACUCCUGAAGUCAGUGUGGAAGGAAGUGGAUGUGAAGGUAGUACAGAAUGCACACCAGAAGAAAAUUCAGGGAAAACCAUAUCUGAUGCCAAUACAAAAAAACGUAAUCCUGAAGUUACUGUGGAAGAAAAUACACUUGAAGUCAGUGUCGAUGAAAGUAUUCCUGAAGUCAACACAGAAAAAAGUACACCUGAAGUCAGUGUAGAAGAAAGUCCUCCUGAAGUCAGCAUAGUUGAAGGGAAGCUCCGAGGCACAACCCUCCGCACUCACAAGGGGAAAAUCAUAUAUGCAUUCCUUGGCAUUCCAUAUGCUAGUGCUCCAACUGACCAACUGAGGUUCAAGCCUCCACAGCCAGUUAAAGCAUGGGAUGGGGUGCGGAAUGCUAAGAAGGAGGGGCAGCAUUGCCCUCAGCUGACAUAUCCAGAGCGAAACUACGAAGGUUCAGAGGAUUGUCUGUACCUCAAUGUUUACACCACAAGGAUGCCAAACAUAUCAAACUUGGAGACAGCCCUUCAGGACGUUGUGGUGCUGUUCCAUGCUGGUGGCUUCUCACAUGGUUCAGGUGACAUUGCAAUGUAUGGGCCUGAUUACUUGCUAGAUCAUGAUGUUGUGAUGGUCACAUGCAAUUAUCGCCUUGGUGCUCUUGGUUUCCUAGCAACAGGAGACGAGUUUGCAUCUGGCAACUAUGGGCUCAAGGACCAGGUGGAUGUACUACGGUGGGUACGUCGUAACAUCCAUAACUUUUCCGGCAACCCUAAUAGUGUAACAUUAUUUGGAGCAGGUGCUGGGGCUGCCAGUGUGCACUACCACAUGCUGUCCAGACUCUCACGUAAGCUGUUUCACCGAGCAAUAUCCCAAUCCGGCACUGCACUCUCACCCUGGGCCCAUGUCAGAGCUACAACAGCCCGAGAACGGGCCUUCAAGCUAGGGGACCUCCUGGGUUGUAAGAAGAAGCAGUUGGAAAACACAGAACAACUAAUUAAAUGCAUCCGCAAGAAACCUGCUAAAGAGCUGGUGGAGGCAUCUACCAAAAUCUUGGACUACAUGACAAGAUUCACACACCCAUUUGUACCUGUUGAAGACGAAGUUGUGCCAAAACAAAUGAAACCUCUACUGCAUGACAGACCCAUUAACAUUAUGAAAAAACCUCUGCUCCCAGCCUUGUGGGAGAUCCCAUGGCUUACAGGCAUCACCUCACAUGAGGGGCUGCCACAAUCACUCGAGGUGAUGCUGUACCAUGAUCUAAAGGAAGGACUGGACAGGGAACCUGCAAAGACUGUACUGAAAUUCCUCGGACUCGAUGUCCAGCCAGAAAAGGCUCAACAAGUUGGACAGAAGAUCUGGAAUUUCUAUCUCCAAAAUGACUCCCUUUCAUAUGGGACUAACCUCGUUAAACUGGCUGAGAUGACUUCAGACUUCAACUAUUAUUAUGGGCUACAGAAGAGCGUGAAUACACUUACAGCUGCCAGCGACACACCUAUAUUUGUUUAUCACUUUUCAUACCACAGAAGAGACCCUCGUUUCUCUCUCGGGGUACCACAUGGAGAUGACACUCUCUACAUGUUCCCCGACAUAAUUGCUGGCACGAAACUUGUCAUAGAUAAAGAACACUUUCAUAUCACUGAGUGUCUGCUGCGCAUUGUUACCAACUUUGCACAAAAUGGGGAUCCAACUCCACAAGAAUCUCCAGACCUGAAUAAUAUUAUGUGGCCAGUCAUUGAACCCGACAAAUUCCGGUAUGUUGACAUCAAUGACAAGCUGACAAUCAAGAAGCAUUUCUUUCCUGACCGCAUGACAUUUUGGGACAGUAUAUAUGAGAUGAUUGCAGAGACACCAAACCUAGUAAAAGACGAGUUAUGAUAGACGCAAUGUGGGGGAUAAGUUAAUGGCUGUAAAUAUGGAAUAAUAAAAACUCUCCAACCAAUCUGGUUAACUUUAUUAAUAAGAACAUCGACAAAAGCAACAACUUGUGUUUAAAGCUACAGAGUUCCUGUGGACAGGUCUGCCACUUUGGAAAAUCACGAAUUUCACAAAGAAUGUCUCUAAAGUAGCAUAACUUGUAAUAUUUGGCCAAAGUAUCUAGCAUGUAAAAAAUUAAUUUUCUGUCUAGCCAGAGGGCACUAGACAAAUGCUGAGACCAAACACAGGGUGUCUACAUAGCAUUAAAUGGAAGCCAUGAAUUAUUCAGAUCUGUAGUUGCAAGGAAAAACUGCUGGAUGACAGGAUGAAUAUCAUUGCAAUUGUCUAGAUGUGCCCAUUAUUCCAUUGACUGACAAAUGAAUAACGCAUCACACAGUCACCAUACAGAUUCACAACAUAAAUAACUGAUCACUGUUCAACAGGAAUAUAUUCCCAUAGAACUGUUACAGUAAAUAAUAUAUUUCAUUUCUCGGUGCAGUUUAUUUUACCAGCAACCAAAGAGAAGAAUAGGUAUUUUCAAUAGUAAGAAAAUGUCCAAGUUUGAGAAUAACCUAUUAUGUUUCCACAAUUGCAUCUUUAUGCUGGUGGCUAUGAAAUUUCAUGGUUUUACCCAGUUUUUUCUAACGGCCCUUCUUCCAUGCCUUAAAUCUUGUAAGAGAUAUCAGAGGGCCUGUAGCCCCUUUUGUAAUUGCUCUUUUCAAGGCCUUGUGUUCCGUAGUUAUUGCCCUUCUCAGGGUCUACAGUUCCUGCUGGCCUACCUGAGGCUUGCUUCCUCUUCCUCAUCACUGGCUCUGAUUGCCUUCUUCUGGUGUCCAUGGCCCAUUUUCCCACACUGUUCUCGAUCUGACUCACUGAUAUCAUGAAGGUACCCACAUUAUAUUCUUCGAAAGGGCUGCUAAUGACCUAUCAGAUCAUAUGGCAUACCAGAAUACCACAACAAGAAUUGUUUAACUUGAACCUUAUUUUAGUUUCAAAUGCAAGUAUUUUGAUGUUAAACAAAACUCCUAAAAUAGCCCAAAUACUAAUGGCAAGAAAGGAAUUAGGGAGUGAAAACAUUUCAUGUAUGAUUUGAAGUGACAGUGAGACUGUCAUAAUUCUGUUGCUGGGAUAUGGCUAGUGAAGACUGAGAAUCCUAGUGCACAUGUAACGGUGAGCUGUAACAUGUCAGACUAGCAAUAGCGCUGUAAUUGCCUGCAGUUCCAAGUACUGUGUGUAAGGUGUCAAUAUAUCCAAUCCAAAACCCCGUUUUAUGUCAUACACACACCCCUACACAUGACAAUAUGUUCCAAAAUAAACUACAUUCAAAGGUUGCUCAGUUUCGUCAUGAAUAUGAUUUUAUUUUACCAUCGCCGAUUCAAGAUUUCCUUUUAAACAUUAGCCCUACCACAAAAUAUGACCCAAAAUGUAGUACAGACUUGUAAUAAAAAUGUGAGCACCACAAAUGUAAAGCAGGAACUUAUUAAGAUUUUUGUUUUCUGGUAUAUAACGGCACACAGUCCACUGAAGAGUCAGCUGAUGUUUUGGAGCAACAUGUCGCCUCCAUCUUCAGGGUGAAAGUAGGUGGCACGCAGACAUCGAAAUAUUCACAGCAUAUCUAAGACUACACGCAAAUGUAUCUAACAUCUGACAUAUCUGAACGUCGGCUUAGAACUACGUUAACUUGAACCCAUACGGUACACAUUUCUCACAAACUUCUGUAAGCCAA